AUGGGAAACAAUGCAAGCUCCUUAUCAGAACUGAAUCUCUUUUCAAAAGGCGGAAUUUUCACAAGAGAGCAAUUGGAUGAGUAUCAGGUAAUUUCUCUGAAAUAUGAAAAGAAGUCCGGAAGAAUGAAAAGAAGUUUUUGAUGUGACUUUUAAGCUCCAAGAAAAAUCAAGAACACUCCCAAGCUUGAAAUUUUGAUUCUCGGACUUCAAAUUAUUGUUUUUUUUUUGUGAAGUUUUCAUUCUUCUUCCUUUUUCGCAAGUUUCAAAUCAUCAAAAGCUUUUGAACUUCCAGGAUUGCACAUUUUUUAUGAGGAAAGAUGUGAUUAGACUGUACAAGCGAUUCUACGCACUGAACCCUCAAAAGGUGCCGACAAAUAUGCAGGGAAACCGACCCGCGAUCGUCACCUUGACUUUUGAAGAAGUCGAGAAGAUGCCGGAGCUCAAGGUUUGUCUUUUAGAAAAAAAAAAGUUAAGCAGGCCUACAAUCAGUCUUCAGAACCACAAGUCAGCAUGCUUUUUUUCAGGAGAACCCCUUCCGGCGGCGGAUCUGCGAAGUUUUUUCCGACGACGGCCGAGGAAACCUCUCAUUCGACGAUUUUUUGGACAUGUUCUCCGUUUUCUCAGAAAUGGCUCCGUUACAGCUCAAACUGAAAUACGCUUUCAAAGUUUAUGGUUAAUGGCUUUUUACUUUUGUAAAACGCGCUCCAUCGCUAAUUUUUUUUUUCAAUUUUUUUAGCAGUUUAUACAAAAAUUGAUCUUUUAAACUUUUAAAAAUCUAAAAAAUCGUAUAACUGAUGGCACCGGAAAUGAAUAGGCUCUUUUUCUUUGUGAACUGCCUCGGCUACUUCUACAGAAUCCCAAGCCAUACAUACAUAACAUACAUCAUAGAACUUUUCCCAUUCUUCAAACAUUCCCUAGCGAUAAUCUUUACUACUCAUCAAACUAAUCAACAACGCUCCAGAUUACGACGGUGAUGAAUACUUGGGACAUGAUGAUUUGAGUAAAAUGAUUCGCAGUUUAACGAGAGACGAGCUCACUGAUGAGGAGGUCGAAUUUAUUAUUGAACGAGUAAGUUUUUUUUUCAGUUGAGUAUAUUCAACAGAACUGGAAAAAUUGAACCUUAGUUUCAAGAGAUCCUGAGUCUUUAAACCGUUGACAAAUUUUCAUUGUUUCUCUAUCCCGCAUUCAACUGAUUUCUGAUUAAACUAGUUUGUUUUUUCCUAGGUAAUCGAGGAGGCCGACCUCGACGGUGACGACCGAAUCAACUACGCCGAGUUUGAACACGUCGUUUCUCGGUCUCCCGAUUUCAUUCGCACUUUCCACAUCCGAAUUUAA